UAAACUUUGAGUUGUGCCUGUGUGAAAGACAUGCCCGACAUUAUAUUAUGCUCCUUUAUAAUUGCUGUGUAAACUUCUAACCAGCUUUCUUUUAUGACUGACUCCAGUCUCGAGUUUUUAAAAACAUGUGACCAGUGGUCGAAGGCGCAUAGGCGAAAACUGCAAACCAUGAGCCAAGUACACGAACUAUGGCCAUGGCGUUCAUCAACUACUUUUUGGUAACAGUCUCGUUAUUUAGAUGCUUACAAACGCUCUCUGAUAGGCCUAAUGACCAAAGCACGGAGGUAGAGAUCCACAAUCUGAACGGGAAAUGGAUACUUCGCAACGAAAAUGGCACAUGCAAUGUACCCGCAGAAGUACCGGGGUGCGUCCACACUGCCCUACACAAGCAGAACUUCAUUCAGGACCCCUACUCCAGGUUCAAUGACCUCGAGUACAAAUGGAUUUCUCGUGACAACUGGACUUACAGUCUCGGCUUUACUUUGCCACAUUCAACCAGGCGGAUGAAGAAGGCUGUGUUGGUGUUGGAUGGAGUUGAUACAAUCUCCAACAUCACGCUCAAUGGAGUCGCAGUUGGCACGACGGACAACAUGUUUCGAACAUAUGAGUUUGAGGUCGGACCAAUCCUGGCCAAAGACAAUCUGCUGGAGGUCAGCUUCAUGUCAGCGGUGAUCUACGCAUCACAGAGAGACCGCGCCCACUCUGCAUACAGAGUCCCGCCUGCGUGCCCUCCGCCUGUGCAAAAAGGAGAGUGCUAUGUCAACUUCAUCAGAAAGGCUCAGUGCUCCUUCAGUUGGGACUGGGGUCCCUCAUUUCCAACCCAGGGGCUCAGAGCGGUAGAGCUGCAGGCCUUCAACUUCAUCCGACUGCAGAGUUACUCUGCCACCACUGCAUGGGAUUCCUCACUCUCGCGCUGGAAUGUGGAGGUCGAGUUAUUCUUCGAUGUUGUUGAGACGACAAACGGGGCGUUCACAUUGGUGCUUCCAGAGCUGAAGGUGUAUCAGGAGUUCCACCUGUCUAUGAAACCAGGCCAAACCAGGGAGACCCUCAGCCUUCAGAUCCCCUCAAAUGUCUCUGUUGAUAUGUGGUGGCCAAAUGGUCAUGGAAACCAGACGCAGUAUCCUCUGUUCAUGGAAGGCAGAACCGAAUCACAGGUCACUUUCCACAUAUCAACAAAGGUUGCUUUUAGAACAGUGGAGCUGGUUCAGGAGCCCAUUCCUUCAUCCCCUGGCUUGAGUUUCUACUUCCGGGUCAACAGCAGGCCCAUCUUCCUGAAGGGGUCCAACUGGAUACCUGCACACAUCUUUCAAGACCAAGUGACCCCUGAGACACAGAGGAACCUACUGCAGUCUGCGGUAGAUGCCAACAUGAAUGCUUUGAGAGUGUGGGGAGGUGGACUGUAUGAGCAAGAUGCCUUCUACAGCCUGUGUGAUGAGCUGGGCAUCAUGGUGUGGCAAGAUUUUAUGUUUGCCUGUGCUCUGUAUCCCACGGACCAAGACUUCAUUCAGACAGUGAAUGAAGAAGUUGUUCAGCAGGUCAGGCGUCUGAAGUCUCAUCCAUCCAUCAUAGUUUGGAGUGGCAAUAAUGAGAACGAGGCUGCCAUAGCAACCGACUGGUUCGGAAUCCCUGUUGCCGAGCGACCAAAAUAUGUGAAGGACUAUGUGACUCUCUAUGUGGAAAACAUCCGGAACAUUGUACAAAAGGAGGACCCUACUCGUCCCUUCCUGGUGUCCAGUCCCACCAAUGGGCUUGAGUCUGAGAAGGAGGGCUACGUGGCCAGUAACCCAUAUGACCCUCACUAUGGAGACACGCACUUCUACAGCUACCUGGCCGACUGCUGGGAUUGGAGGCAGUUUCCUCGCACACGAUUUGCCUCGGAGUACGGCUUCCAAUCCUGGCCUUCCUUCUCUACACUCAAGAAGGUGUCCAAAGCGGAUGACUGGAACUACCUGAGUGCCUUCUCGGAGCACAGGCAGCACCAUGAGCUGGGCAACACCCAGAUGCUGCUGCAGGCAGCUCUGCACUACAUACUGCCCAACAACACAGACCAGCUCCAGCACUACAAGGAUACACUCUACAUCACUCAGGUGAUGCAGGCCCAGUGUGUGAAGAUGCAGACGGAGUUCUACCGCCGUAGUCGCUCUGAGAUCAUCAGCGGGGAGGGCAACACCAUGGGCGCCCUCUACUGGCAGCUCAACGACAUUUGGCAGGGCCCCUCCUGGUCCUCUGUUGAGUUUGGUGGUAAGUGGAAGAUGCUGCAUCACAUGGCUGUAGACUUCUUCUCCCCGGUCCUGGCGGUGGGCUUCGAAGACAACGGCACUAUGAGGAUCUAUGGAGUGAAUGAUCUAAGCAUGGACCUCAACAUCACUGUCAAGGUUACAGUCUAUGACUGGAGUAGGCUGGAUCCUGUGUGCAGCCUAUCGUCUAAAAGCCAGAGUGUACUGAAGGGCGGUGGAGCCACUCCCCUGCUGCAGCAGUCUGUUCCCGACCUGCUAAGGGAUUGUGGGAAAUGUGACCGCCGCUCAUGCCUGGUAACCUUUGACCUCUGGGAUGCCGCUAACUCCACCAAUCAGCACGGCCCCACGGGAUACCUGUUCCUCACAUCACCAAAGGAAGCUGGGCUGCAGCCACCCAACAUCAAGGCUUCAGUGGAGCAGGACGGAGACAUGUUUGCCUUCACCCUUCACUGUGACGCGGUCGCCGUGUUCGUGUGGUUGGAUGUUGAGGAUGUGGCGGGCCGCUUCGAAUCCAAUGGCUUCCUGCUGUUGUCACGGAAACGCACAGUGCACUUUUCGCCCUGGAGACCGACUACUGUUGAGGAACUGUCCAAAAAACUCCACAUCACAUCACUCCGAGAUGUUUAUUGAAUGUUUGUUGAUUUUUAAAAUAAAUUACAUUUUUUUGUUUUUUAAAUAAAUACACUAUGGUUAAAAUCCCACAUUUCUCAGCAUUACCAUAAUUUCAGACACGUAAUACACUGUCUCAA